AUUUACUUUGAUCCUGAUUUCCGACGUUCGCCGUGGUGGAGCAGUCGCCGGUUACUUUUCUAUUGCUUACGUUUUUCUGCAAUUACUUUUUCUCCAUCAUCGCUGUAUCAGUGUUGCAUUGAACUUCUGUAAGAUAUCAUGGCUCCUAAGUCUAACCACCUUCUGCUGAAAGCUGCUAGAGGAGAAGAAGUUGACAAAGUUCCUGUCUGGGUGAUGAGACAAGCUGGACGAUAUUUGCCAGAGUUUCGUGAAGAAAGAAGCAAAUCAGAUUUUUUCACCAUCUGCCAGACACCUGAAUUGGCUUGCAAAAUUACCUUACAGCCUGUGGAGAGAUUCCCCUUGGAUGCUGCUAUAAUUUUUUCUGACAUCCUGGUCAUUCCUCAAGCUUUGGGCAUGGAGGUGAUCAUGCAGCCUGGUGAGGGCCCAGUUUUCCCAAAUCCCUUGAAGAUUUCAGAUGUUGCCAAGCUCUCAGAGGCGUCUGUAGUGCCUGAUGUUCUUUCAUACGUGUUUGAUGCCAUCAGACUCACGGUUGACAAGCUCAGUGGCCGGAUACCUCUCAUUGGCUUUGCUGGAGCACCAUGGACACUAAUGGCGUAUAUGGUGGAAGGCAAAGGCAGCAAAACAUUCAGUGCUGCCAAGUCUUGGUUGUAUAAACACCCUGUGUUGAGUCAUCAGCUGUUGGAGCGUCUCACAGAAUCCACCAUCCUCUACCUUGUUGGACAGGUUCAAGCUGGUGCUCAGAUCCUACAAGUGUUCGAGUCAAACGCUGAGUACCUCACACCGGAUUUGUUCAGGACGUUUGCUCUACCUUAUUUGCAGAAAAUCUGUGAUACCGUCAAGCAGAAAUUGAAGGACAUGGAGCUUCCCGUCGUGCCGAUGAUUGUGUUUCCAAAGGGAGGUCACUUUGCGCUGUCUGCGCUGAGCAAGACAAACUAUGACGUGAUCGGCGUGGACUGGACCAUAGAACCCAGCGUGGCUCGCAGCCUCGUGGGGCCUAACAAGACUUUGCAGGGGAACUUGGACCCCUGCGCCCUGUAUGGGGACAAGGCAUCCAUUGAAGAAGCGGUGCGCCGAAUGCUGGAGGGGUUCGGACGGUCGCGCUACAUUGCCAAUCUCGGCCACGGCAUCUACCCAGACGUCAACCCUGACAGCGUAGCAACCUUCGUAGACGCCGUACAUCGCUUCUCCAGUCAACCAGCAACAAUCUCCUAGCUUCCUCUAUUCUUCCCACAAUUGUUGAUAAUUGUUCAUAAUUGAUAAUUGACCCUCCCACAAUUAUCUUUUUCAUUUAAAAAAUGACAGAGUUAGAGAGGCUAGGUAUGUUUUUCUCCGUUUAGUACAGCCAGCUAUUUCCAGUUAUUUGCUCUUUAUUGUUCGAAACUUAUUUUUUUAAGCGAUAUUUUUAAUACGGGCCAUUGGUAUCAUUGUUGUUCCAGAUGUUAUAUAAUACUCCUGCAUUAAAAGUAAGUACUUGAGUUUAUGUGCACGCGAAAUUUUUGUGGCUUUAACGUAAUUUUUUUCGACAUUACCGCGGGUAGUGCGGUUUAAUUAUACGUAGCUGACUACAAGUAUGUGGAAUAUAAUCAUAUGUGGAACACCAAGAAUUGUAUAGAUAGGUUAAUUAAUGCGGCAUUGCAGCAAUGCGAGAUUAAUUGUUAGCACCAGUUAACAAGAUAGUUAUUUCUUCAAAUAAAAACAAAUUCAUAGCGAACCAAAAUUUUUUGACGAAGUAACUUUAGUUCUGGGUAUUCUUGUGAUGACAAAAAUGGGCCGGGUUUGUUCUGACAAGUAUUGGACAAAUGUAAAUGAUUUUGAUAAAGCUGAACUAAAAUGGUUAGUAAUCACAAGUUUAACCAUAGCGGCCGAAAUAUUAAAUCGUAUUAAUGUUGAGUAUUGUUAAAUUAUACGUAUUAAUUAUUUUCUUCGAGGUGAAUAAAACAAGUUAUUGUU